AUGCGCCGAACACAAACUGUUGAGACCCUGGGUUUUCCCGUUCUGACGGGCGGCGCGGAGCUGGGUGCGAGGCUCUGGCGGUACCGAGCGCUGCCGCCGUGCCCGUCACGUUCCGGGCCCCGGAGCGGAUCGCUCCCGCUCGGCCCGGGGACCGAGGGGCACCAAGGCUGGAACAGGCGGGGACCGAGCGGGGAUCGAGGGGGGGAACGAGACGGGACCGAAGGAGGGAGCGAGGCCCGGCCGGCUCCGCCGCCCCCGGGCCGGCCCCGCCCCGCCUGUCGGGUGCCGCGGUUGCCCGUCAUCUGGUGCAAGGCCUCAGGCCUGCUUCCUUCUAAGUUCCUGAAGGAGAAGUUUCUCAAUGUGAAGGAGGUGGCCAGCACUGGGGCGAGUUUUCUGCCCAAAAUUGGCCCAUUUCGACACAUGAGUGAGACUUGUCAAAAGAUUGUGUCUCCUGUGAAGGCACACAGGAGACCUGCUUGUGUCUCUGCACUGACAGCAGUGCAGCUGGAGAAGGCAGACAAAGCAGGGGAGAGUUUUCUCAAAUUGUUGCCAGUUCCUCCGAUAGAGAGCUUGCUCCAAGUUUCCCCACCAGAGAUGGUAUUUCAGAAAUUCGUCGCUCAUGAGGUCUCGGAAAUGGUACUGUCUCUCACAAACAAGGACAAGUUUACUCGGCUGGUGAAGGUCUACAUGGAGAGAUCACCUUAUUUUGAGCUCGUGUGCCCCAAUGAUGCAUACCACAUCAUCCCACCAGGCACAUCUUCCCAUGUGCGCAUCCGCUUCACCCCCGACGAGACCAAGGAUUAUUCCCACGAACUCAUCUGUCUCACUGCAAGGGACAGGAUAGUUGUGCCUAUUCAGGCCAUUGCUGCCCAAGCUAUCCUGGACUUCCCUGACCAGCUGGACUUCUCAGAGUGCCCAGUCAAGUACAGCAGCCAGAAGACUCUGCUGGUUCGCAAUGUUGGUAACGUGGAAGCUCAUUACCAGCUGAGCACCCAGAGUCCUUUCUGCGUGAUUCCAGACAGGGGAACUCUGGCCGCUGGUGACACCAUGCAGGUGACAGUGGGAUUUCACCCGCUGACGGUCGGUGACCAUUCCGGGUCCCUGGUAGUGUGCUGCAACACAGGUGAGUGUAUCUGCACAAACCUUCACGGAGAAGCUGUAGAUGUCAACGUUGGGUUGAGCGCCAAUUCCGUGAAGGUUGAGAACACUUUCAUCACCACAUCAAACUACACAACCGUGUUCAUCGAAAACAGGAGUGACAUCACAGCCCACUUCCAGUGGAAGACUUUUCCUACUGAGGAAGAUGAGAAUAAACUGAAGAGAAGGCAGUGCUAUUUUCUGCAGCCACUGACAGAGGUAUCGCUGGAAAACUUCAUUGAGGAGAAGAAUAUAGAGCAGGAGAAGGGCUAUUGUGAAGAUAAAACUGCCCUUGUGAGCCACACAGUCCAGGAGGAGAUGGCAAAGGUGCAAGAAGACCCCAUGCUGUUCUCCGAUGACAUUUUUUCCAUUGAACCAGUGGAGGGAGAAAUUGGGCCGAACUGUUGCACCAAAAUCAAGGUGACCUUUAAACCUGUAGAAGCACUGGAGUAUCGAAGUGUGGCUUACUGCAACAUCUCAGGCCGAGAGAGCAGGCUGCCCCUGCACCUCAUAGGGGAAGGCCAAGGACCCUUCGUUGAACUCAGCUCUCAUACACUGAACCUUGGGAACAUUUUUGUCAACACCCCCUACGUCUAUGAGGUGAAACUGAUUAACCAAGCACCUAUUGAUGCUCCCUUCACCUAUAUCUGUACAACUGCAAACGUGGGCUACUGCUUCAAGUUUGCACCUGAGGAGGGCAUCAUUGCACCAGGUGGGAUCCAGACCAUCCAGAUCUCCUUCAAUGCCACCGUACUGGGGAGGUUUGAGGAAGAAUUCCAGUUCAGUGUGGCUGGAUCUCCUACGCCUGCAAUCCUGACAAUCAAGGGACAUGUCUGUGAACCGACUGUACACUUCAACGUCGAUGAGCUCGACUUCGGUGACAUUUCCUUUGGCUUUCCCUACACCAUGACCUGUCGCCUCACUAACCCCUCCCCAGCAUCCCUGAGGUUCAAGCUCCGCAUGUCUGACGAUGGCACUCAGCCUGCUGUGACCCUGUGUUCCAACACCGUGAUGGAUUUCUGCCGGAGAAUGCUGGUGGACCUGGAGGGUAUUGGCAAUGGAGUGGCAUCAGUGACCAUCAUGGCCAGAUGUCUCGUUCCUGAGCUGCGAGUGUACCCUCACGUCCUGCUGCACGAUGAGUGCCGCCUCAAGGUGCCCUACGAGAGGAAGUUCCUCGUUGUGAAUAACACCGACCUUCCUGGCUGCUACGGGCUUAUUCCCCAGAAACGCAAGGAGGACACUCCUGUGUUCUACUCCAGCCCCAAACCCUGUGGGAUUGUCCAGCCUCACAGCAUCGCAGAGAUUCCAGUUACAAUCGAAGUCCAAACAUUGGGCGAGCAUCGCACCAGUGUUCUUAUCAGCGUGUUUGGGGAUGAGAGAAACCCACGGGCCUGCAAACCCCACUGCUAUGUCAUUGAACCCAGAGAAGGAGUGAUCCCCGCUACGGGUGAUAUUCCUGUGACCAUCACAGCAACCUUGGAUGACACUGGGAUUUUUGCUGACACUAUUCAGCUUUUCAUUGGGAACAGCCUUUGGACCACCUUCAUGGUGCUGGCUGUGGGCACCGGCACCACAAUUGUCAUGGACAAACCAUUCGUCCCAGAGCUCAGCUUGGGACACCAGUUCAGGCUCGUUCCCUGUAUUUGUCGGUUCAAAGUAACAAACAGGGGCCACCAUUUCCAUCGGCUCUUCUGGAGUGUGGAAUGUCACAGCCCCCCUAAGAAGAAGGGCCAGAGCAUCCCAGCCCUCAGUAGCCCCCUGGCCGAAGAUGAUUGCCAGAGCCCCAAAGGCACCAGCCCCGUGUUUGGGCUGGAGCCACUGUCGAUGGAGCUGCAGCCGGGCGAGUCUGUGGACAUGGUGCUGCGAGGCUUCUCCCCCAUCGAGCAGUCAGCAAAGAAGGGCAGAGAAAUAACUUACACCAGCAGGACAGAGAAGAUAAUAGAAACAACCAUUACCUGCAAGUUUAUUGAUCCCUCCAUAGAAAUAUCAGCCAGACAAUUCUCUUUCUGGGUGGAGAAGAAACCCAGUGAUGAUGUCCUGACUCUGCAGUACAAGCCUUUGGCUUUAAAGAACACCUGCUUGCUGCCACUCGACCUUAUGCUGGACUUGGAGCAGCCGUUUCUGCUCUGCGAUGCGGACCAGCAGCCCCUCCCGGAUGGCCAGCCUGUGACAGUGGAUGUAGGACAGACCUGUCAUCUCUACAUUGCAUUUGACCCAUCUUAUAAACUGGAUUUUCAUAGCUGGAAGGAAGAGAAGGUUCUGAAGAUAAACAUGGUCAACGGCCAUCCUUAUGUGGAGUGUAUCACCCUUCAAGGAGAAGUCCACUUCCCCAAUCUCCAAAUCCAGCCCUGCACCCUGGAGUUUGGCUGCAUCCUGGCUGGCACUGCAGAAGGGCGUUCUCUGGAGAUAACCAACUGCAGCCCACUGCCUGUCCAGUACCACUGGUCAUUCCAUUCAGACGGCCAGGUGAACAGGCUGAGGUCCCUGUUCAUAGUUACAUUAUUUUCCAGGCAUGAGCGUUGCCCACCUAAGUUCAAACCCCAACCACCAAAGGAGAAGAGAACCUGCUUGGAUUACUCGGCAUCUCAAAGGAGACGCUUCAAGAUUAGAAAUGGGGAGGACCCAGCCACAGCCCUCAGAGAAUCGCACCUCCAGCUACAGCUGCAGUUUGCUCCAAGGUGCUCUUCUGCAUCCAUUUCCACACUGAACAUCUCAAUCGUUCCUGUCCUCCAGGUUUUCAGUAUCCUGCCGCAGUCGGGUGUGCUGCAGCCAGGAGAGAGACAGAAGGUCUCCUUCAGCUUCUUUGGCCACCUCAACACCAUCGCCAGUGUCACGGCGCUGUGCCAUGUAGAGGGAGGCCCCACCUACGAGGUGGAGCUGACCGGGGAGGCCUCAUGCAUCAGCUACUCCCUGAGCCUCCAGGAGAUCAACUGCGGCUUUCAGAUAUUUAAUGAAAUUCAUCACAGCACAGUCACCCUGGCGAACACUGGCAACACUGAAUUCAACUGGGUGCUAAAUCCUAGCACUGCAGAGCAACAUCUGCCUGGCGUGUUUCUGGUCAUCCCCCCCACUGGCUCCGUUGCACCUGGUGAGAAGCAAGUGCUGAAAUUCUCUUACAUGCCAGGAGUACCAGGAGCCUUCAGCAGGACUUUCCAGCUUAAAGUGGGUGACCUGGACCCAGAGAAUAUCUGCCUGAAAGGAGAAGCAUUCUUUCCUGUGAUCAGUGUGAACCUGCCCUGGAACAUCGAAGGAAAUGAAAAAUAUGAGAAGCUCAUAAAACCCCUGCAACAAUUCAGUCAGAGGAAUCAAUCAGUUGUUCAGAAGACUCAGAGUCCGAAGACUAAGGCCUUGAAGUUUCAGACUCCAAAGACUCAGACCCUGAAGACUCAGAACCUGAAGCCCCACGCACCUGGCUUUGGCACUGUACCAAACACUGAGCUGCAGAUAGAGACGGUGAUGAUGCUGAUAGAGGAGGCUGCCCUGGAGCUGCAGGAAAAGCUCCCAUCCCAUCCCCCAUACAGCAGGUUCCCUGACAAAAAGAUGCGCCAGAGUCUUGUCAAAGUUGAGCUGCCUGAAUAUGUGCUGGACAUGGGCACUGUACGUAAGGGUUACACUGAGAGACGCACCCUGGUGAUCACCAACCCUGGGCAGAUCCCAGUGUCCUUCCAGGUCGAUGUAUCUGCCCUGCAGGACACAGGUUUCAGAGUGAAUCUGGACCAGAUGCAGGGUCUGCCUCACAGACACACCAUAAUGUUUGAGGUGUGCUUUGAAAGCACCCGCCGGCCAUGGGGUGAUGUGGAUGUGCUGCUGCCCAUAGAGGUGGCAAAAGGCCCCACGUAUAACAUCCGCCUCCAUGCCACUGUGUUGGGACUGUCGCUCAACCUCUCCAAGAACAUGCUGCAGUUCUCUGAUACCCUCGUUGGGCAGUGCCAGAUUGAGACAGUCCAGCUCUACAACUGGUUCCAAAUACCCUGCAAGUGGUUCAUUACUGCCAUCAAGCCUGUCAGGAAGGACAAUCAACGCAAACGCAUUACACCAGCCAUGUGUCAGAAGCAGCAGGUGCUGGAGGAUGAGCCCUGUCCCUUUGAAGUGACGCCCUCCAAAGGAACCCUCAAUCCAGGAAGGUGGCAGAACUUACAAAUCCAGUUUACACCCAAGCAGGAGAGGUCUUACAAGAAUGAGCUGAAGCUUAACAUUUGUGGAAGCAGCAAUCACUUAAAGCUGCACCUCUCAGGACAAGGUCUAGAGCCACGGUUGGAGUUUAGCCCCCCAGCACUCAAGAUGGGAUGGGUGCUGGUGGACAGUGAUGGGGUGGAUGCCACAGUGGUGGUGAAGAACCCAUGCAACUUCCCUGUUGAGUUUUACUCACUGGAUUUUGAUGAGCAGUACCUUGAGGAGGAGAAGAUUCUGUGGAUGGCAGCGGGGUCUGAGUACCAAAAGAACUUUCUAAUGCCUCCACGCACCGUGGGUGGGAUGCUGCCCCCAGAGGUGCUGGAGGACUGUGAAGCACAGAAGAGGCCGAAGGCUCAACAGGCAGAGCUCAAGGCCAUGGCAGAGGCCAAGGACAUGGCUGAGGCCAUAGACAAGGCAGCACCAGCAUAUCAUGGGGCUGUCACACCCUCUCCUGAGCCCAUGGUGGAAGUGACUGGGAGCCCUAUCUCUCAGGCUGUCAUGCGCCACCUGGGCAUCGACCCAUCUUCAGAGAGUUGUGAAGCACAGCAGGACAGAGGGAUUGUUGUUAUUGUCCAUGGGCCACCCCGGGCAGGUUCUUCCAAGGCCUGUCCCUGUAAUUCCUCGUAUGCAAGUGUCACCAAGCAGUCCUCCUCUCUCUCAGGAAAGACAGAGAUAGUGGCGGCCCUGUGUCACUAUUAUGACACUGCUCACUUGUCCAUUGACACCAUGGUGAAAGAGGCCAUUGCCAAUGAUCAGAGCCAAGCAGGGCGCCGCGCCCGGGAGCUUUGCACCAAGGCUGCCAUGGAGCUGAGAGGCGAAGACCAAGAUGAUGCUGGUAAAAAGCUUACUGCUCGGACCAAGAAUAAACAAGCCUCUGGAGAAAAAAUCAUCAAGAAAAAUGCCAAAGGCAAGAACAUUCCAGCACAAAAGAAAAAGGAGCCAGCCAGCAAAUCCAACAAAAAGCUGAACAUCAUCAGCAGUCAUGGGGAAAAGCUGAACUGCUUGAGCUGUGUGCUGCCCGAGGACCUGCUGGUGGACAUCCUAUGUGAGAGGCUGAAGCAUGAAGACUGCUCCAAGGGAGUGGUCUUUGAUGGCUUGGAGAGCCUCUUCACAAGCAGCCUGGAAUCUUCUCUGCUCUGUGUACUCAAAGCUGUUAACAAUCAUCAUCAUAUCUACAUAGUGAACCUGCAUCAGGAUUCCCCAAAGAAGUGGGAACCCAAACCUCCAAAGAAGUGGGAACCCAAAUACUCAAAGAAGGGGGAUACCAAAGCCGCAAAGAAGAAUGAACCCAAAGCCCCAGAGAAGAGAGAAUCCAAAUCCCCUGAGAAGGAUGAACCCAAAGCCUCUGAGAAGGGUGAACCCAAAGCCCCAGAGAAGGAAGAACCCAAAGCCCAAGGGAAGGAACAACCCAAAUCCCCAGAGAAGGGGGAACUCAAGGACGUAGAGAAGGGGGAGCCCAAAGCCCCUGACAAGCAGGAUACCAAAGCCCCUGGGAUGGGGGAAACCAAAGCCCAUGACAAGGGGGAAGCCGAAAUCCCAGAGUACCCAGCUGAGAUGGAUAAGAACUUGAUCCAGAGGUUUCAAAUCUAUGAGUCAUCGCAGCAGGACCUCACACAGCUUUUCUCCUACGGUGACAAGGUUCAGGGUUCUUCUGUGCAGUUACCCGUGAUCCAAAACAGAAAUACAUCCCUGCCUUCAGCUGAAAACAAAGGUCAGAAGACCUAUAAGUCUCAGGAGAAGGUUGAGAAGAAGCCUGAACAAAAAUGUGGAGGCCAAAGGAGUCUUCAGUCAUCUCAGCUGGAGACACAAAGUGAAGUUGCAGAAGGGACAGUCAGAGAUGAGCAUGUCAGGGUGCGGUGCUUGGACAUCCAGGUCACAAAUCCGAAGGCCAUGAUUAGGGAGAUCCUGAGGGAUGGGAGGCUGCCAACAAAAGAUGAGAUAAAACCUUGCAAGGCUCAGAUUUUGAGCAUGCUGUGGUCUUGGAUCCUGGAAUAUUGUGUCCCCCCAGUCAACUACCCAGAGGAGUGGUUGGGUUCUGCAGAGUGUGUGAAGCCCUUCACCAUUGUUGCACCGGAAGGUGCUGCUAUGGAAGACAAUCGGGCCAAGGCCCCAGAUGCCAAGGGCAGUUCUGCCGAGGGCCAACCAAAGACACGUAAAGCAGCCAGCAAAGACAACUCUCCAAAGGCGAACCAGAUCUCCACACUCAGAGCAGAAAGUUCCCAGGAUUCCUCUGCAACCAGAUCCAAAAGUGUGCUGAAAAGAGCCUCAACCCCCACAGAAUUCCACAGGCUGAAACGGUACCGAUGGAUAGUGCCUGGCCACGGUGAGGUGGAACUGAAGGUCCACUUCUCCACCAAAAGGCCAGGGAAGUUUGAGCACACGCUGAGGUUUGAGCUCGUGGAGACAAAGCGCCAGUACGAGCUGCCCUGCAGUGGCACGGGCGUGUACCCCAGCAUCAGCCAGAACCCGCGGCUGGUGUUUCCACAGUGGAGGGAGACCAUGGAGGCAGAUGAAAUCAUCUUCAAGGAAUAUGUUGAGAGCACAAAGCAAUUCCACUUUGGACCUCUGCUGUGUGGGAAAUCAAGAGAGUGGUACAAGGCCCGGAACUGUCCCGGCAACUCAGAGAAUUUAACCACCCUCAACAACUCCCCUGUGGAUGCAGAGGUCCAGUUCUCCUUUGAGAAUGAUGGGAAAGCAGUGACAUUCCUUUUGGACCCUCCCAGCAUGACACUCAAACCAAAGGAGAAGCAGGAGCUGACCAUUUGGGCAUACCCCACUUCCCCUGGCUUCCUGGAAGACAAACUCAUCUGCUGCAUUGAGAAGAACCCAGACCCAGUGGUUUUCAGCCUGUGCUGCCAUGGGGUGCACGUGAUGCUGGAGGUCAGCCCCCUGGAGCUGUCUUUUGACAAGCUGCUUCUGCACAGGACUGACAGCAGGACCUUGGUCCUGAAAAACAACACCCUACUGCCCAUGGCCUGGCAGCUCACUGGGCUGGAUGACCUUGUUGAGGCUUUCUCCUUGUCACAAGAUAACGGCAUCAUUGAUCCCCACUCAGAGUUUGAAGUGACCCUGAGUUUCAAGGCCGAGCAGAUUGGCAGCAUUAAGAAGACCCUGCGACUAGAGGUUUCAGAUACAGGAAACAUCCUGGGGAUUGUUCAGGCUGAAGACAUUGAGAUCUCUGCAGAGGUCUGUGAUGUUUCUCUGAGUAUCGACAUGCCUGAAGGUCCAGAUGGAAGCUUGGAAUUUGGAACCAUUAAUGUCCUGGAAAAUGUGAAGAAAGUCCUGAGUCUAAAGAACAAAGGGAUGUACAACAUUGAGUACCGUUUUGUGCUGAAGAAUGCAGGUCCCAGGAUGCAAGAUUUGGCAUCCCACUUCACUAUUGAGCCUCAGUCGGGCAUGCUGAUUGCCUCCCAGCCUGGUGUGAAUGUUGAGAUGCUCUUCCACCCCACAAGGGAAAUGCUCCUCAAGAACAAACCCAUCCUGUACUGCCAGGUGACAGAUGCCAGCUCAGGGGAAGGAAGCCAGACUGUUGCCACCAUCCCCGUGAGGGUGUCGGCAAAAGCUGUGUACAGCAAGUACAGUAUUGAGCCUGCCUCACCCAUCAACUUUGGGGCCAUGCUCAAGGGCACCAAGAAGACCCAGACUGUCGUGCUGGAGAACAGAGGCAUGCUCAACUUCAAAUUCCACAUCCUCCAAGCACCCGAGGAUGCAUCUGCAUUGGAAAGCAAAAGCUCAAAGCAAGAGGAAUCCGCUCCACCAGCGACAAAGCUGAAAUCAAGCUCCUUGACACAGGGUUACCUCAGUCUUGGCAUGUUCACGGUGUCCCCCUGCUCCGGCUCUGUCGCUCCAUGGGGCCAGCAGAAGAUCACAGUGGAAUGCCUCGCAGGGCAGGAGGGGACAUGUGAGGAGCAGCUCUACAUUGACAUCAUGGGCAGAGACCCCAAGGACAAUCCCCUGGGCAUUCCCUUUACCCUGAUUGCCGAAUCCUGCCUCCCAGCACUUGUUGAGGAUGUCACGUUAACCUUCGAGGAGUACCCGAUCUGCAGCAGCACCAACCUCAGCUGCAAGCUGCGGUCAGUCAAAGGCACGGGUCUGUUUGUCAGAGAAGAGAACAAAUUUGUCUUCACCAAGGUUCUGGUUGGGCAAGAGGCUGAAGCUCAUUUCAGUGUCUACAAUACAAGUGGUCUGCCAUGUGACGUGGUCCUCUCCAACAAACCCCUGCCUGGAAAGGAAAAAAGCCCUAUCAAUAACAUUUUCAAGUUGUAUCCUGACAUGAUGUCCAUUCCUGGCUCAUCCAAUGCCGUUGCUACGGUGACCUUCACCCCACCAGAGAAGCAGAACUACAGCUGUACUUUCAAGGCUUCCCUUGUCAUCCCAAAAAGCUCUGUGCAAAUUAAGCCCCAAACCCUGACCUUCACCAUCAGUGGGAAGGGGCAUGAGCCACAGGUGACAGUCGUGUGCCCAAGUGCUCGCAGCAAGAGGGGAAAUGCUGUGCUGCGCUUCAAGAGACUCCGGGUGGGGGAUUCAGAGAUGCUCUCCCUGGUCAUCCAUAACAAUGGCAUCGUACCUGUCAAGUUUAUGUUACACCUGGAGGAUGAGCACGGAGCAUUCUUCUUGAAAGGCAGGGGCUCCACACUCGAGAGAUUCUACACUGAAGAUGUGGAAGAGGACUGCGUUGGAAAUGAGAGCAAGCCCCCAGAGAAGCCUUUCUUCCUUCUGCAUCAUGGGCAAUCGACAAAUAUUGAUGUCAUUUUCAAACCCACCUUGACUCAACAUCUGGAAGGGAAGAUUUGUGUGUUACUGGAAGACAUCUACUCUAAGAAGACCCUAAUAGAGCUGGUGGGUGAAGGCCACAAGGAUGAAUUCACCCUUGAUGGACUAGAGGAAGACACAGAUGAGAGGAGAGCUAAGCGCAGUCUGAAGAAAGACAUUAUUGAUGCUGUCAGAUUGAAUCACAUCCAGUUUGGGGACUGUCCUGUCGGGAGGCCCUACCGCAGGACCUUCACCAUCACCAACCAUACCAGUACGAAGGUCAUGCGCUUUGAGUGGGAGGCAGACGCCGCAUUCCAGUUCUCCCCCAAGAUGGGACACCUCCAUCCUGGCUAUGCCAAGGACAUCACAGUCACCUUGAAAUCAGAUGUCCCAGCCACCUUCAGGAGGCACCCUGUGAAAUGUAAGGUGAUCAAGACCAACUCUGAGCUACCACAAAGGAUGGUUCAGGAUUGGGAGGACCGAAUGUGCAUUGUCACAAUGGAGGAUACCACCAGGAAGGACAUGUCAGCCAGCUGGCCUGAGAAAGAGAAGAUGGUCCAGACAGCCCCAGAACCAGAACCGGCACCGGCUUACACUGUGGAUGAGAGCAUCCAGGAGGCCAAGGUGUACCUCAGUGCUGUUGUUGGCUACACCGAGUUCAAACGGAACCUGAUAGUGGUUCAGCUCAAGGAUACCUUGCCCAACCAGACAAGGAAAGACAUUUUCAGGAUACACAACACAGGAAAUAUAGCCCUGGAAUACAGCUGGAUGGAAGCUGCAGAUAGUAAAGCAGUGAAGAAACCAUACUCAACCACUCGGACGGAUGACAUCAAAGACCUGCCACUGUUCUACAUCAACCCCUGCCACGGCAUCAUCCCUCCUGGCCAAAAGCAGAUCUUUCACAUGCUGUUCUCCCCAAAGCACGCGGGGAAGUUUAGGACCAGCAUACUCUUCAGGACUCAUAAGCUGAAGCCAGCUCUGAAGAAGGUAGAGGUGAUUGUGAAAGGCAGAGCCCAGGAGCAGGAGUGUCUUGAUAAACCAAAAUGCUCUGCGUUACGGCAGACAGACAAAGGCCAAGGACCCAAGAAGCAGGUGCACUGGAAACUAACACCUGAGUGA